UGUUUGUUUGUUUUGUUUUUUGUUGUCGUUUUUUUGGGGGGUGGGGGAUUUGCCUCACUCGGUCAAUGACAGUAUUUACAUUUUAAAUGUAUAAAAAAGAUCAAAUGUACACAAUUAUUCAAUUAACUUGUAGAUUGAAGAAAACCUACUAUGAAAACAAAACUGAAGACCCGGAUGUUACAGCUGCUGAUUUUCUGGUUCGCUCUCUUUGGAAAGACUGUUCAAAACAAUGGCCACGUGGUACUGGAAGAGAUGACAUGGGGUGAAGGUCACACAGCAUGUCAAGGCAAAGGUCAGAAACUGUUCAACUCUGUUGACCUCGACUCGGUCCUCACCUCGGGGUCUGGGAAGCACUGGAUCGGGGCCAAGGUCAUGUACUCCCCGUGGAAAUGGACAGACGACUCCACUGCAUUGUUCGAGUAUGUUGGCCAUCAUAAUAUGACUGGCACAGAGCGAGAGAAGACAGUCAUACUCGACGAGAAUGAAGCUGUCAUGUGCUACAUCAAAUGUAAAACGAAAUUCGUUGGAUUACAGGGAUCAAAGUGUUUCUGCUUCAGAACCGCACCUCGUUCUACUACACCUAAAACUGAAUAUGAAGACCCAUGUCUGGGAAACUCCAAUGAACUUUGUGGAUCAUCGUAUGGGAUGAGCAUAUACCACGCCAAAUUACUUCAAGAUACCUUCAGUUUAAUUAAAUGGAAAUUCAAAGAAGACGCUGUUUGCGGGUAUAUCCAUUCCAAAGCUCAGUUAAGCGUGAAAACAGAGGACUGCAACCAGGAAAAGGGAAUGAUCUGCAGCUGUUCAAGUUCGUGCAGUAGUGAUAUUGGUUACAGACGUUGUAGCAAUGGUUUGUGUUUUUACGACAACGGAAACGACGACUGGUUUACGUCAAGCCAUAAUUGUUCGUUGGUAAAACUGGACAUCUCAAAUAUCAAUACAAUCUACAGAACUGUUUGGAAUGAUGUCCAGUACUGGAUUGGACUGAAACGUUACUCCUAUCUCGGUUGGGCGGAUCGUGCUGGAGAGAUUUCCAUCUAUACUAAUUCCUCCAGAGGAUGCGUAUCGGCCGAGAAGCUGCCAAACGGAUCUAUACAGUUUUACGUGUCUCCCUGCGAUGAUAAGAACAAAGUCAUUUGUACUACAGGUGGUUUGGAGACAACGACUGUACCGGCUACACCCAGUAGAGGACAGGGAAGCACAACACACCACGACGUGACAACACACGAAGACACCUCCAACUCCACGGACACCCAACAAGAACCUAGCACAUCGGACGGCGUUGUCGCUGCUGCUGUCUCAACCGUUGUAGUUAUUCUGAUUGUGUUGUCUGUGAUUGGCAGUCUGCUGUGGAUGAGAAGGACAAAACGUCUCUGUUUUAAAGACCUGCCUGCAAAACUUAAUAAGAAGAGAUCAAUUUCAAACGAAAUAAUAUUUGAACCAUCCAGCAACCAAUACGACCAGCCGUACUACAGUGAGAUUAACGGAGGCUACAGUCACGAUGAUUUGCCAGUCUACAGCCACGAUGAUAUGCCAGUCUACAACCACGAUGAUAUGCCAAUCUACACGUACGCGACUGCGGAGUACGAGUUUGAGAAGCACCCACCGGUGAAUCCACAGCCGAAUAACGAUUAUUUGGAACUGAUACCAGAUCCGUACGAAACAGCAGGAGAAACGGCAGAUGAUGGUAGUGGACAAAUGGAUUACGUGAAUGCAGCUCAAACUAAUAAUGGACACUCGUUUCCAGAAUACAGCACUGUUGAGCCACAUGAACUAGCAGAGGAGUCCAUUUCUCUUUCUGCAAAGGAGCGUGGUGUGGACAAAACGUCAAAGACAAACACGCCGUUUUCGCGUCUGCGUCAGAACUUUGCUGAGCAUUACGAACUCGCGGGUGACCCUAAUGGUAAUUCUGGAGAGGAAGCCUCUGCGUUCCAUCCAUCGCAGGCCAACAAUCGAUCGCUGAAUCCCAGACACAACACCAGUGUUAUCUAUGAGCUGGCAGGUGAACCUGUUCCUCACGGUACGGAGGAAAAUGCUAAUUGCAGUUCACCGUAUGUCAAUGUUCCGAUUUCGCGGCCACAGUACCAUCCUACUGGAGUUUACGAGAUGGCGCGAGAACAAGGCGGCAAUGACAACCACGGAGACGACGACUACAACGUGCUACGUGCUCGUAACGAACAAUCCAACCCAACGCCGUUUACUACCAGUCCGUACUGUCACAUUCAGGGCGGGGAGUACGGUAAUGACACGUAUGACAAAGCAGGAAAUGGCCGACUAGACUCGUGUUCCAGUUCAGACUAUAAUCACCUUGACGAGGCUAGUGACAAUACCAGGCACUCUGAUACCAGUACUGUCUGAGCUCCACUGUAACUGCAGGUAGUACUAAACCAAAUAACAUCCGGCUGGGUCAAAGUGCGAGGCGCACAUACUGAUACCAGUACUGUCUGAGCUCCACUGUAACUGCAGGUAGUACUAAACUAAAUAACAUCCGGCUGGGUCAAAAAGCGAGGUGCACCUAACUUUUGAUAGAGCAGUUAAUACUAUAAGUCCUGACAUUAAUGAUACAUUUGACAGUGUUUGUUGUCAAACAAAUUCGUUUUAUCGGGUGAAAACCUGUAUGCAAUUUUAUUUCAUCUAGUACUACUGUGUCAAGUACCCUUGUGCUUGAAACAUGGAUGGGGUACCUGUAAAAAGUAUUACAAUUUUGUGCGAAACUAGGGGUGUUGUAAACACAUCAGGUUAUAUCGUUGUGAAAGGUACCAUUUUCUUCAAUUACUACUUUGAGGUAGGAGUCGUAGUACUGAUAUAUAUGGGUCAUAGUUGAUGGUUGAUAUAUUGUUAACAGUGUUGCCUAUGGGAUUUCAUUUGAUACAGUACAACCUACACUGCCUAACUGUUGUCUGUGGAUCUGUUCGAGACUGUUGAAACUCAACGGAAAAUAUACAAUAUAUACUGACUGAAAAAAACAAGGGAAUACAUGCUGUUUGAGACGAAACGUAAUUAUUAACUAACAUUAAAACAGUAACUAUGCCUGUAUGACUGUUAGCACUAUGUUAUUGAAUGUCAGCAACAUAGAUAACUUCCCGAUACUAUGGAUAAGAUUCAGGUAGCUUUAAGUUUGUUUUUGUUUAACGACACAACUAAAGCACAUUGUUCUGAAUGUGCACGUUAAAACCUAUAAACUUUUUUUUUAUUGUCCCCAGAGCAAUAUGGCCAUGCCAUUUCAAAAUAUCAUCACAUAUACAUUAAAUGGAAAUAGUAACAUAAUACAAUAUUGUUGAAUAUCUAUAAUAUGGGAAGUUAAAUGCUCCGAGUUCAACAUGAAAAUGAGGAAAAGAAGAAGGAAUGAAAGCAAAACGAGUAAGGAUUAAAAGGAAAAGGAAAGAAGAAUGGAAGAAUCUAGCUAAAAGGAAUAUAAUGUGUACUGUAUCUGUAUUUCCAAGCAAGCUGUGUUUAUAAAACAAAAUCACUCAUUGAUAUUUACUAUA